AUGGCAACCAGUGAAAGUAACCAAAGCUUUAAGCUGGAAAACCUGUUCAAUGUGAAAGACAAAGUGGCCCUCAUCACAGGCGGCGGCUCAGGAAUAGGCCUAAUGGCCGCGCAAGCGUUAGCCGUGAACGGCGCCAAAGUAUACAUAACCGGACGCACAGAAUCGAAACUCAACCGCGUAGCCACACUCUAUGACAAGGGCGAGAUAAGCGGCAAAAUAAUCCCGCUCCCAGCCGACGUAACGAAAAAAGACGAGAUCAGAAAACUAGUCUCGGAGAUCUCCACGCGCGAAGGCCACCUCUCAAUCCUAAUGAACAAUGCCGGAAUAUCGGGCGAAACGCAAAAGACCGAAGCGGAAGACGUAACCGAGCUCCGCGAGUCCCUCUUCGACGAUCCAUCCGCGACAUUCGACGAAUGGGAUGAUGUGUUCCGCACGAACGUCUCGCAGAUCUUCUUCAUGACGACGGCAUUUCUGCCGCUGCUGCAGCGCGGCUCGGAGGUCGAACGUGGCUGGUCUAGCACCGUGAUCAACACGAGUUCUAUCUCGGGGAUCGUGAAGGUCUCGCAGCAUCAUUUUGCGUAUAAUGCCUCGAAGGCGGCGGCGAUUCAUUUGACGAAGAUGCUUGCGCACGAGGUUAGUUCGUCCAAACUGCGGGUUAGGGUUAAUCAUAUUGCGCCGGGGGUUUUUCCUAGUGAGAUGACUGCUGGGGAGAGUGAUUAUAUGCAGAAGAGUUAUAUCCCGGCUGAAAAGUAUCGGGAGAAGGUUCCUGCUGCUAGGCCUGGGAAGGAUGAGGAUAUGGGUAGUGCUGUGCUUUUUGCAGUUUGUAAUCAGUACUUGAAUGGGCAGAGUGUUGUUGUUGAUGGGGGGUAUAUUCUUGCUGCUGGGUCUGUGUGA